UUGCAACGUUCACUGUUCUAGGUGUAAUGGUGAAGAGAUGGAUCCAAGAAACACAGCAGAGAGUCAGUUCCAGCUCCUACACCACCAAGAUGAACAUGUUCUCCGCUCAUGACUCCACGGUGAUGUCGGUAUUGUGCGCCCUCCGGGUGGGUAACCACCUCCCCCCACCCUAUACGGCCACCCUUCUCAUGGAGCUGCACGAGGCCGCGGCCGGCGUCUUCCACGUGGAGCUGUACUACAGGAAUGUGUCCUCCACAGACCCUAACGAUGACACACAGCCUCAUCAACUUACCUUACCAGGUUGUUCGACCCAGUGCCCGCUGAGCAAGUUUGUGUCUCUCACCAAAGACAUAAUUCCCACCGACUGGGUUGCUGAGUGCGCAGCCUCCAACACAGGCGGCAUCAUCGGACGACGUGGAGAACAGAACACCAACCGUCCGGACGCCCUGUCUCCCCACCCUCGUGAUAUGGACAGUAUAUAACAUGGGGAUUUAGUUUUGUCUUGAAAUAACCGCGAUUGUUUCUCGCAUUUCUAGAACUAAUAUACCGAAAAUAAAAGUUAAAUAACCA